AUGAACCCUUGGAAAUCUGUUUUUGUCAAAUGCUUGUUUUUCUGUACGGCGGUAUCUGGAAUAUCCAACAGAGAGAUUCCCAUGACUGAUGUUCAGCCAUCCGCUCAAGGUAUUACAUAUGAACUCGGCAAUGUCACAUACUUUGCCAACAUCGAACAUCCCAGGGCAAUUUUCGACUUGGACUAUACCACUACUUCCCGACUUGUGCCAUCAGCAGUCCUUCUGGUGAACCAGAGUCUGGUCACCGGCAGCUAUUUGAAGUCUACCAUCUCCAGUUACCUUACCGACGAUGAUGUCUUCUCGGCCGAUUUCUUGCACGCAAUCUAUUUCACAUCAACAGUCCCAAGGUCUAGAUUGGACUCGACGGCAGAGGAAUAUCUCAGGAGCCUCGGUGUGGCUGGUCUGCUAUUCAAUGCGAGCUCUUUUGAUCGUAUCCCGAGCAAUGGAUAUGCGCUGAAGGAGGACCAUGACGCACCCCUCCCACCAGGUCCGUUUACCAUUCUCGUCAACAAUGGGUCCAUCUCUUUUCUUGAUACAUACCGACUGUAUGUCGACAACUUUCGCACCUUUGUCACGGGUGUAUAUUCUUCCAACGACGGGGUUGGUUCAUUUGCUGCGCUACCUGCGAUGAAUCCACGGCUCGGGGGGCCACUGAUUCCUGCCCCCAGUCGGAUUCAUUCCUGGAAUGACGAUAGACCACUGGCAGGGAAGCGAGUUGCGGUGAAAGACCUUUUUGAUAUCAAAGGCCUUCAGACCUCAGCCGGCAGCCAGGCAUGGAUCCAUGUCACACCGAUUGCCGAUUCGACUGCUCCUGCCAUUCAACGCUUGAUCGACCUUGGAGCGGUGAUAGUAGGAAAGUCCAAGCUAGCUCAAUUUGCAUCGGCUGCAGAUCCGUGGAAUUGGACUGAUGAACAGGCCCCCUUCAACCCUCGGGGUGACGGGUACCUGACCUGCUCGGCCUCAUCCUCUGGAGGCGGAUGCGGAAUCGCUGCGUACAAUUGGUUUGACGCGGCAAUUGGAACAGAUACGGGUUCGUCGAUGCGUCGUCCAGCGUCGGUAUCGGGGACGUUUGGGAACCGUCCUAGCCAGGGUAUGAUGUCGCUUGAGGGUGCUGUUCCACUGAAUGCAGGAGAGGAUACGGUCGGGGUCUUUUCUCGUGACCCUGUGGAAUGGGCCGAGUUUGCCAAAGCCUGGUAUACCCCUAGCCUGCAUCAAGAUCCCUCCAUCAACAGUCUGCCCCCUCUAUCGGUACCAGAUACAACAGCAUUUCCGAAGCGGAUCUUGUAUCCAGUGGAGUAUCUUCCUCUGGCGAAUCCAGCAGCGCAGGCCAUCCUCGACAAGUUCCUUCACGGCAUGAUAAGGGUGUUUAACAUGACGAUCGAGCGGACGAAUUUCACCGCGACCGCGAGCAACGCAUCCAUUUACCCUGGGGCCGCUGGGGAUGCCAUGGUCAACUGGAACCUCUUAUACGACGCUGGGGCAACGCUACAGUUGUGGACCCAGUCAACCAAGGUCUACGGACCGCUGAUCUCCACCUGGGCUGCGAGGAAUGACGGUCGUUUCCCUCCCGUCGACGCGCAGUGGAGGGAGGCAUGGACUAGAUAUGAUGCCAGUCAUAUCACGCAGUCCGGGUACGAGCAGGCCUUGCACACGAAAGCUGCAGCCGUCAACUGGUUUCAGGAAGAAGUCUUGUAUGAGACCUCUGACUCAUGCUCCGAGGCUGUGAUGAUCUGCGACGGAGGCACCGGAGGAUUGCCGAGUUUCCGUGAGCAGGCGUUGAACAAUAGCCCCAACGCCACUUUCAUGAGCGUGUUUCCAGAGCAUGCAGACGUGUCUUGCAGCGGUAUCUGUACUUUAUUUGGAUGUGUGGAUUUCACAAUUCCUCUCGGACAGGUGGACUAUUACUCGCCGGUGACCAUGGUGACGGAGCAGUGGCCGGUGACGAUCAACAUCAUUGCUCGCCGGGGGUGCGACUUUAUGCUGUUCAAUAUGAUCAAGCAGCUGGCUGAAGAAGGUGUGCUUCGAUCUGUCACGACUGGAAGGACGGCUUUCUAG